GCCUAAGAUGAAAGCCUCUAGUCUUGCCUUCAGCCUUCUCUCUGCUGCGUUUUAUCUCCUAUGGACUCCUUCCACUGGACUGAAGACACUCAAUUUGGGAAGCUGUGUGAUCGCCACAAACCUUCAGGAAAUACGAAAUGGAUUUUCUGAGAUACGGGGCAGUGUGCAAGCCAAAGAUGGAAACAUUGACAUCAGAAUCUUAAGGAGGACUGAGUCUUUGCAAGACACAAAGCCUGCGAAUCGAUGCUGCCUCCUGCGCCAUUUGCUAAGACUCUAUCUGGACAGGGUAUUUAAAAACUACCAGACCCCUGACCAUUAUACUCUCCGGAAGAUCAGCAGCCUUGCCAAUUCCUUUCUUACCAUCAAGAAGGACCUCCGGCUCUGUCAUGCCCACAUGACAUGCCAUUGUGGGGAGGAAGCAAUGAAGAAAUACAGCCAGAUUCUGAGUCACUUUGAAAAGCUGGAACCUCACGCAGCAGUUGUGAAGGCUUUGGGGGAACUAGACAUUCUUCUGCAAUGGAUGGAGGAGACAGAAUAGGAGGAAAGUGAUGAUGCUGCUAAGAGUAUUCGAGGUCAAGAGCUCCAGUCUUCAAUACCUGCAGAGGAGGCACGACCCCAAACCACCAUCUCUUUACUGUACUAGUCUAGUGCUGGUCACAGUGUAUCUUAUUUAUGCAUUACUUGCUUCCUUGCAUGAUUGUCUUUAUGCAUCCCCAAUCUUAAU